AUGUCAAAUUAUGUGAACUGGUUGCUGUCAAACGGCCGACACCUACAGUCUCGCAAUGAACCAUCACAAUUUAAUCCGGCGACUUCGCCUCUCGGAGCGAAUGUGAUCGACCCAUUACCUCCAUUACUGCGAAAAGGGCUGAUUGCAGUUUCAUCCAUCGCCUCCGUUUCGCUAGUGGCGAUCUGUUCAGUACUAUUUUUCCUUACUUAUCGGUUCAUUUUCUGGCGCAGAUAUUAUCGAAGAUAUAUCGGAUACAAUCAAUAUAUCGUCCUUGUAUACAACCUGGCAAUUGCGGAUUUAUUACAAGGCUUGGGGUUCAUUGUCAGUUUGCGGUGGAUUGCCACCAACUCCCUCCAUGCAUCUGAUGCCUCGUGCUUUUUGCAAGGCAUUUGGCUACAGGCAGGAAAUCCGAUGAGUGGAGUGUUUGUGUUUGCCAUUUCCGUAUUUACCUUUUUACAUGUCGUGCUGGACUUCCAGUUGGGCCAUCGGAAAUUUGUGGGUAUGGUAGUCGGUCUAUGGAUGUUCGGCGUGUUGAUGGUCGUCAUUCCGAUCGUGAUCGUUGGUCGGUAUGUCUGGUUCCCUUCAGUUGCAUGGUGUUGGAUAACAACUCGACACCCGGCAUUGCGACUGUGGACACACUACUUCUGGAUCUUCGCCGCACAAUUUCUUACGCUUCUGCUCCAUGCUAUUAUGUUCAUUCACCUCCAGCGCAGAAUUACCGACUGCGUUAGGCUAGGAGGCUUCAACACUGAUAGUCUCUCUCGCUUAAAACGGGUCAACGGCUACAUGGUGCUAUACCCGGUCGUUUAUAUCACGCUGACGUUACCUCUCGCCAUCGGACGGAUGGCGUCUACAGCCGGUCAUACCCCUAGUGCCACAUACUUCUGCGUCGCGGGCUCGAUGAUGGCCUUGUCUGGUCUAGAAGAGGCCAAGGGAAGCCAAUAG